GGUGGUGCUAGUGGUGGUGGUGGAUACGAAGUCUCGUGCGUUUCGAGCUCGAGCUUUCUCAGUCGGACGUGUAAACUCGCGUCGAAAGCUUCCAUCGAAAGCUUCGUGAUAUAAGAACGUCAAGAUCCGCUAUAUAUCUACUAUUAUUUCCUUUUUUGUUUUAUCCCUUCAAGAAGACUCUUAAACGGGAGAAAGAGAGAAAUGUAUAGAUAGAUAGUAAGAGGUAAAACGGAAAGGCGGAGGUUCCAGCCGGCAAAAUGGCGGCAGGUGAAACUGCAACGAUAACCAAGAUGUUUAAAUCUACGUUAAAUAGAUAAAUAUUAAAAGAAGAGAAGAAGAAAUAUUGUGUUUGGGAGAAAACAUUUGAUAUUUUUUUCUAUUACUUCGUGAUUCAACGAAGAAUGGUAACGAAGUGUUUAGUCUUUUGAUAAUCUCAGUUUUGCCAGCUGAUAAGAAUUUAUAUAUACAUAUAUAUAUAUAAAAUACAUAUAUAUAUAAUAUAUAUACAUCAUAAGAAAAAAGAGAGAGAGAAAGAAAAUUCGAGUUGCCUGUUUCCUGGGUGACCAUACGAGAUUAUCGAUCGCGGAUCCUUGAACGGUCAUGAGAGGAGGAAGCUCGAUUUUUCAUUGGACUAGCGUGUCCAUCGCUGUUAGAUCAAGGUGGUCGAAGUCAAGGAUCGUUUUUGGUGUUAAUAUCGUUUGACGGACUGAAGAGAGGAACCUAAACGAUCAUGCAUCUUCAUUUUGAGAAGAAUAACAACGCCAAGUGCGACUGUAAUAUUCUCUCGCUCAGCUGGAUGGGCAAAGUACCGGAUGAAUCACCCGAGGACGAAGGAUGGAAGCUUGAUCGUACAAAUUACUAUCAGGAGGGUUGGUUAGCUACCGGGAAUGCUCGUGGUCUAGUCGGAGUGACAUUUACUACUUCACACUGUCGUACCAGAGCAGCGGAACUUCCGUUACGAGCAAACUACAACCUCCGUGGUCAUCGUAGCGAAGUAAUAUUUGUGAAAUGGAACGAGCCCUAUCAGAAGUUAGCAUCAUGUGACAGUUCAGGUGUAAUCUUCGUUUGGAUAAAAUACGAAGGAAGAUGGAGUAUCGAAUUGAUUAAUGAUAGGAACACGCCAGUGACGCAUUUCUCUUGGUCUCACGAUGGUCGCAUGGCUCUUAUAUGUUAUCGGGACGGUUUCGUAUUGGUCGGUAGUGUUGGUGGACAAAGAUAUUGGUCGUCGAUGCUCAACGACAAAGCUACAAUAACUUGCGGGAUUUGGACACCGGAUGAUCAACAGGUUUAUUUUGGAACAACGGCUGGACAAUUGAUAGUGAUGGAUGUGCAUGGUGCAAUGGUAUCGGAGGUACAAUUGGCAGCGGGCGUAACCUCGAUGGCUUGGAGCGCCGAAAAAUUUACGAUGGAGGAAGGGGACGAAGAUGUUACAAGCGAUAGAUCAAGAAGGGACGAACGUAAUUACGUAUUAGCUGUUUGUCUUGCCGAUGGUAACAUAGUCAUGCUUCGUUCCUUCGACGACGUAUCACCGAUAACUAUACGUACAAAUUUAAAAACACCUUUACAUGCAGAAUGGAGUAAUUCGAGAAAGCUAUUAGCUAUUGCGGGAACGAAGGAUUCGGAUUCUCUUCUUCAAAAUAAUUCAUUAGAAUAUACGAACCUAUUAAAGUUCUAUUCGGUUAACGGUACCCUCGUUUACACAACAGUGAUUCCAUACACGCAGUGCCCUGUAUCGGCUUUAACCUGGGGUCAUAACGACAGAAGACUCUUCGUAGCCACUGGUGCAAGAGUACAUGCGGCAUGGGUCUCCAGGAGGGUCGGUUCGUUGCAGUUGCUAUCUAGAUUAGCAGUGAGGGCAGCCCUCACGAGAGAAUCCAGUGUCCAACAACUUCCGUUACCACCUAGAUUAAGAGCAUCGGUAGCUGCAUUGUUUGCUAGUACGAUACGGUGUCCAGUACCAGAGCCAAGAGAAUUAAGACGUUUUGUAUCUAGGCCACCAGCUGGAAGUGGAAGAUUACAUUGUACAAUGCUUAGACAUGCCAUAGAACCUAUACCUUGUUAUACAUUAUAUUUAGAAUAUUUAGGUGGUUUGGUACCAUUAUUAAAAGGUCGGAGAACUAGUAAAAUCAGGCCAGAGUUUGUAAUAUUCGAUCCUCAGAGUCAAGACACUUUACAAUUAUUCGACGAUAUGUCACAAUGUCCUUCCUUCAGUGAUGGCUCUGAUACAGAAAGAGAUACGGCAGAUUUAUGUGGUUCCCCAAGAAAUCGUCGAAAAAAUAGAAGAAGGAAGGAAGAAAAGAGCGCAGAGGAAACUGAUGAUCUCACUUACGUCGACACUUUGCCCGAGCACGCUAGGCUGGUCGAAGUUACGUCAAAUAUUUGGGGCACGAAAUUUAAAUUCCACGGCUUGGCAGAUUCUGUACCAGCUAACUUAGGUCAAGUUACUUAUCGAACAUCAUUGUUACAUUUGCAGCCAAGGCAAAUGACUCUGGUAAUGACGGAAUUGAGAGAUGAUUUACCUGCAGGUCCAGAUCCAAGUUUCAACCCUAAUUUAUUUUCCGAAGACGAAGAGGAAACAUUUCAGGAUCUUCAGGGAACUUCUAGAGCAACGUCGGAGACUCAGCCACCUCCGAUAGCUCCUAUGACACCGCGAAACGCACGACUGAAUCCAAAUCGUCCAAAGUCACAAAUCUCGAAUCAAUUUUUAACCACAGAAGCCUUACCUGCCUCUUUGGCACGCGUCGAAAGUUAUGAAAACGAGUUUCCUUAUGUAGAUCUUCAAGAGAUGACAAAUUUGUACGAGAAUAUACGAAGCGCACCUACGAAUACUUAUCGGACACCACCGAGACACAAUCCACCUAGAUGUUGCGACGUUCCAGCUUUGCAAUCGCCUAAAAAUGCUGUUGCACCGACUCAAACAUUAAUAGCAACGUCGAAUACAGGUACCGAUUACUCGAGUAAUAUUCAAAGAGUUAAAACAGCCUUGGCCGAUCAACAAAAUACUGGCAUGGUUACGAAAAAAGAAUUUGAGAAUAAUAAACUCAAUCAGAUAUCUCAAGAGGACAAAUCUAGCCUAACUUCUAGUUCGUCCAACAUCAUUCCAACGUCCAUGCAUAACGGCCAAGUACCAUUAGGUGAAGCGUCGAGUUCGCAAAACUCCAUAUUAAAUAAUUUGGAAGGUGGUAACGAUUGUUCCCAAUCUCAAAUGAUUUACAUGAACGGCUUGAACAUCAUGACGUCGUGUUCGAGUAACGUCCUAAACUCCAAUCACUCGAACAACGUGCAACAAAGCUGCCACGGUUUCUUACAUCCAAGGAACAAUCAAAAUAAUGGAACUAACUUGAGCAUAAGUCCAUCGCAAAGUAAUUUAAAUCCGUUUCCAAAAAAUAAUAAUGGCUCGAACGGUUCGUCCAGUUUAUUACUUCCGUCUACGUGUUCCUAUCAAUUAUCAGAUAAUUCUGAUCACGAACAAUCGACUUCAUGUUCACCGUGUAAUUUGAAACAACAAAAGGAAAUGAAAUCUCAGGGUAGUUAUGGAAAAAUCAAUGUUUCUAAUCAAUCGAAUGGAAAGACAGAAGAGCUUCGUUUUAUCGACGAAGAGAGUAGAGCCGAGCCGGACAUCGAACAAUUUCGUGGAGUUCAUAGGACACCAACGGUCGUUAGCAUCGGUCCACUUUGUUCAAACGAUUCGAUAGUAAGAAGUUGUAGCGUUGGAUAUUUAGAUCUGGUAGACGUUCAUCAGUUGGUUCCUUGCGACGUUGCCUUGAAAAUGUUGAGAAAGGAAGCACCUAACAAAAGAUUGGUAUUGGUUUCAAGAAAAACGAAAAGAAGGAAAAAGAAUAGACCUCAGCAUGACAUUGGACAACAAAAUACUAAACCACCAAGACUUCGUAAUUGUGGUAAAUCGAAGAGUUUGGACUCCAGUGAUAUAUUUCCUAGUAACGAACUUAUAUCUACACCUCCGCAAUUGCCUGAACACCUUGAGGAAGUAUCGAACGUUGUUAAUAAUUCUGAAAUUGUAACGGAGGAGAAGUGCAGUGAUUUGAAUAUAGUAGUAUUAGGGGAGAUUAACAGCGAUACCGUGAUGGAACCUCAAAAGAAGAUACUUCAUGGUAACGAUGAAACUUGCGUUGAGAAACCAUGUCGAUUGGAAACUUGUGUGUCUCCUGUUAGGGGUUCUAGUCCAAGUGGAUCUUUGGCAUCAUCACUGGACGGUCUUGCGGCAAGACUCAGAGACUUUGAUGAGAGUCAUUCGUUACCACCUCCAUCACCUCGUCCAUCUUCAAGUUGCAGACUGCCAAGAAGUUCACCAAGCAGUCCAGCACCCUCGAAGAAAGGAAAGAGACCAGCUUCGGCUUCGCCAAUCAGAAGGAGACUUCUAUCGAGUCCUUUGUUAAAUAGGCGAACACGAAAAAGUCGUGGCGAGAGUUCUGACGAGGAAGGACUUAUACAGGACGACUCGUCGUCGAGUUAUCGCGAUUUGGAAACUUUUCAGAAAGCGCAACUCCGUCAGAAAUUAAAACAAAGGGGUGCAGGAAUGUCUAAUGGUCAUAAUAAACAGGAGACAACCAGACGAGAACUUGUGAUGCACAAUAAAGCACCGAUGUGGAACGAAGCUAGUCAGGUUUAUCAGCUUGAUUUUGGUGGUAGAGUAACACAAGAAAGUGCUAAAAAUUUUCAAAUUGAGUUUAGAGGGAAACAGGUAAUGCAAUUUGGUCGGAUAGAUGGAAACGCCUACACGUUGGACUUUCAAUACCCUUUCAGUGCAUUGCAAGCUUUUGCUGUUGCCUUGGCAAAUGUUACGCAGCGGCUCAAGUAACCGUCACUCCCCAGUACCUCGUUCGAUAUAUAUCUCUACGAAAUUUGGAGUAUGAAUAUUAACGACGAGAAGAAAAAGACUUACAUGUACACAAGACACACACCCACGUGUCUUUCGAUUAUAAAUGAUUUAAAUAGUCAUGAUCUAGAGAAGGAAGUAUGUAAUUAAGAAAAAAUUCAUUUGAUACGUUGAAACGUGUCGUCUUGGAGGUUCUAAAAAGAAAAAAAAAAAAGAAAGGAAGAAAAAAAUACUACAGAAGAAAAGUGCACAAGACCUUUAUGCGUUUUCGCAAUGAAAAAUUUUGUGUGUGUUGUCUGUAAAAGAUUGAAUGAAUGUGAAUGAAAGAGAAAAAGAAAGAAAGAAAGAGAGAGAGAGAGAGAGAGAGAAAGAUAUUCUCCACUUCCGUUGAUCAAUGUUAAAUACGGGAGAAAAGUUACGAGCAAUUUGAAUUUGUGUGAAACACAAAAGAGAUUUUUUUGAUAAUUGUGGUAAUGUUUUGUUAUAUACAUACAUAACAUAUAUGUAUAUAUACGUAUAUAUGUGAUAACAUAUAUGUAUAUAUAUAUAUAUAUAAAUAUUUCUUCGUCGUACCGUCCAAAAUAAUUUCGUUUCUCCCAACUUCGAGAGCUCAUUUUUGUAUAGUUUAUGCGACACGUUGGAGUCUAGUAAAAUGCUGUUGAAAGUUUCAACUCUCGUUCAUUUUUGGCGGUCUGCCGAAUACGCGCACACAUAUACACACACAUAACAGAAACACACGCUCAUAUGUACAUGCAAAUAGACACAGAAAGAUAAAGACAAAGACACAUUCGAAUUUUAUAUACACAUAUAAUAUAUUGACGGACUCGCCUUAAACACAAUUACACAAAUAAAGUGCGAGCGAGUUAUGACGUUGUUCAAUUUAAAUGUUUCUUAAAUCGUAUGAUAUAUUAUAAAUUAUUAACAAGAACAAAAUAUUAAUGGAUAAUAUCCGGCCUGUGUAUCGUUCCUCGUCAAAAAAAAAAGAAAAAAAAAAGAGGUAAGAAACAGGACCGACCGAGGCAAAUCAUCAGCAAAAUCAUAAAAUAAAUAAUAUUAAUAAAUAAGAAAAGAAGAAAACAGAAAAGAAAGAAAUGAAUGAAAGAUAAAUAGAUAGAUACAUAGAGCGAGAGAGAGAGAGAGAGAGAGAGAGAGAGAGAAAGAUAAAUAAAAAUAAAUAAUUAAAUUAAAUUAUUAUUUAAUGAAUUAAAUAAAAAGACGCCAAAGCAGAAAGUAUUUCUCAUUGCGAAACGGUCAACACCGUUUUUACAUACAAAACAAAAAAAUAAUUAAAAGAGAAGAAGAAUGAAAUGAAAAGAAAAUAAAUAAACAAAUAAAUAAGUAAAUAAAUAAACAAAUAAAUAAAUAAAUAAAAAUCGUCACGUACGAUCGUCGUCUUAUAUUAGGGAUUAACAUACAAAAACAUAAACGUUCGCCUAAUCAUAAAACUGAUAUGUGAAUAUGGAAUCGGUGUCAGGCCUACGAGAUAUUAUAAAAAAAAAAAGAAAAAAGAGAGAAAAAAAGAAAAAAAAAGAUAAAGAAGUGCUAGUACAUCGAGAAUGGGGCAUGCUAUAGUAACUAAUAAGCCAAUGUUAUAUCUAGAUCAUAGUAAUCGCUUUAUAAUAAUUAGACCUUAUUCGUUUACAUCAUUGCUACGUUUGAGAUGUUAGACAAAUUAUAUCAAAUAUGUACGGCUUAAUCAUGUGAUUAUAAUUUUUAUAUAUCUCUUUUAAAAUAUAUAUUUGGUUGAACAAAUUACUUAUCAAUGUAAUUUUACAUUUUCUCUCUCUUUCUCUCUCUCUCUCUCUCUCUCUCGUGAUUGUUUAAAUAAAUUGUAUUAUUUUAUUUAUAAACGAAAUUUAGAUGUCUUUACAUACACAUAUACAUAUACAUACACACAUACAUGCAGCCUCAUUCUUGAUAAAAAAAGUAAUGUGUAAAAAUUAUUCAAUGGCAAAAUAAUCAGCAAAGUAAUCGUGAAAAAAUUUUAUGAAAAAAACAAUAAAGAAGAAGAAAAGAGAAAUUAUCGAUAGAUCAUGUAUGAUACGAAUUUUCAGUUUCUUAGAUGCUAUUCUCGAUAUUGUUUAUAAAAAUCAUUAUACGAUUAUCCUAACUUGUAAUUUUUAGUGUUAAGUUUCAAUCAAGAUAUAGAUAAAUAUAUUACACACCGUUGCACAUACAAUAUACCUACUUUGUAAAAUCGAUAGGAACGCAAACUCAUGGGAUCUAGAAAGAUAUUAUUUUAUUCCAAUAAAGUAUAAUAGCACACAGACGCACAUCCAUUAGAAUUAUACGCUAAUAAAACGAAUUAGAAAUAAACAAAUAAUGGAAAGAAAUUAACGAACAAUUAUUGUUAGUAAUAUAUGGGAUAGUUUUUAACUGUGAGUUUGCGUUUAUCUUAAUCAAAUGACGAUGAGGAAAAAAAGAUAUAUAAGUACAUAAGUAAGUAGGUAUAUCGAGCUAAUUCGUAUAAAAUUAUUAUAAGUAUCGUCAUUUUAAUAAUUCUUACGUGAUACUUUUAAUUAAAUAAUUUUAUACGAAAUAAAUCUUGAGAUCUCCUACUUGAUCUUUAUUUUUCAUUUAAACGGCCGAGCAAAAUGAACUAAAUGGUCACAUGUUUAGUAUAUAAAUUCAAUUCAUGUUGAAAAUUUCCGAUCAUAAUUAUAUUAAGUGAAGGGUAAUUGUCAUUUUUAACGUGAUCGAUAAAUAUUCACGUUGCUUCGUCUUCGUUACAUAUAAAUAAAUAAUUAGACAGAAAAAGAGAGAGAGGGAAAGAGAAAGAGAGAGAGAGAGAAAUAAAAAGAGAAUAAAAAAUUUAUCGAUUAUAUCAGUGAUAGAUAUGUAUUGUUAUUAAAAUCGUUUCUAUUUUAUGUGAAUAUUCGAGUUUUCGUAUCAAGCUUGAAACGUGACUGAUAAAGUUCUAAAAUGUUCGGCUUAUCUCGAGAGUUAGAUGAUCUAAUUCUAACAAAUAUCUAUGUAAGUAUCUUUACCCGCUGUAAUAAUUAUUUUUUACGUUGAAAAAGCUACGUCCUUUAUUACGUGGAUAAUGUUAAGAUUGUGCUUAAAGAAAAAAAAAGUAAAAAGAAAAAAAAAGAAAAAGAAAAAAAUAACUAAGAACGCUAUCUACGUGUACGUUUUACUGACUGAUUGUGAGUACAUAUUAAUAAUACAAUAACGACGCAGGAAAAAAAAGAAAAGAAAAAAAACACAUUUUGUCCAAUUCUAAUGGUAUUGAUUUGUUUGUCACAUGGAAAGAGCAAGAAGUGAAGAGAUAAGAAAAAAAGAAAGAAAAAAACAACGUUGUUAAUUAAUUUUCUCGCCUUAGCGCUAACAAUAAUUCUCUAUAUGUGCAAUACAAUUUUGUUACCGAGUACAUUAACGAUUAUAACAAAUUUGUAAAUAAAGAUAAAAACUCUAAACGACAA